GAGUAAUUUAUUUGAUAGCAAAAGGAAGAAGAGGAAUCAAUCACAAAGGAUUUCUUUAUUUAUUGGAACUUUAGGUGCAAGAGAAAUCAGUCAUCCAAUCUCAUCUCAGAAAUGAAUAUCAUUCUAUUUAUACUAUAUUUUGUUAUUCUCGUUCUUAUUCCUUGCACUAGUAGUUCCUCCAAUAUCACUAAAAAUAAUGAAACCAGUUUAUCAUUAUCGUCAUCGUCACAUAAUUUCUCUUGUGGAGAUCUGCAAGACAUCCAUUGCCCUUUCUUCAUACACGGGAAUUCUCAUCAGUGCGUCAAUCAAUCACUAAUUGAACUCUUAUGCGAAAAUAAUAGAACUAUUGCAACUGUUUCUUCAAAAAGAUUUUAUGUCAUGGGAAUAAAUUAUACAAGCCAAUACAUUCGAUUAAUCGAUCCAGGUCUUCAAAAAGACUCAAACUGUUCUUCGAUGCCUAAAAAUUCAUUACAUGACGUGUUUGGGCCUGCUGAUAUAUAUUUUCGUAUUGGGUGUAGGCCGGUGAUAUACAUGAACUGCUCAGGGAAUCUAAAUGACUUUCCACUUUACUUGAACACUUCACCUUGUGUUAAUAAGUCUUCUUCAAGCAAAUUUUCAACAUAUGUCAUGGUGGAUCCACUGGUUUCAGAAAUUAAGAAUUCAUGCACAAGUUUCCUUACGUCUUGGAUUUUUGAUGAGGCUCUAUAUGAAGCUUCCAAGCAAGGGAAUUAUGAUACAUAUGAAUCGACUACCUUUGGUUCUUAUUCAGAUGUUCAUGACCAAAUGAUGAAAGGCUUCGUACUCAAGUACGGGGACUAUGAGAUCUUCACCCAAAGAAAAGAAUCAGGUUUCAUCCGUUUUCUUAGUUCUAUAUACGAUAUUCUGUACCCUUACGCCGUCAACUAUGGAAAUUUUAUACGGAGAGGUUUGAAAUAUUUUCGGUUCUCCAGCCACAUCAACGAUGAUGGAGUUUCUCUGGAAUAUGUCAAAGUAUAUAUUUUCGGAAUAAUCAUCUUUCCAGGAAUGAUCUUGCUGGGAAGAUUCAUGCUAGUGGCACCAUUCGUUCUUUCAAUUUUGAUAUAUGCAUUGAGAAAAAGAAACCGUGCCAUGAACGCAAGUAUCGAAGACUUCUUGGACAUCUACGCAGACCAGAUGCCUAUAAGGUACUCCUACAACGAUGUCAAGAAAAUGACUAACAAUUUCAAGGAAAAAUUAGGCCAAGGAGGCUUUGGAUAUGUAUACAAAGGAGCUCUUCGUGAUAAUCGUGCUGUUGCAAUUAAGAUUCUUACCUCAACAAAAGGAGACGGGCAAGAUUUCAUCAAUGAAGUAGCUACUAUGGGAAAGAUACAUCAUGUGAAUGUGGUACAGCUCAUCGGAUUCGUAGCCGAACGUAGAAAACAAGCUCUUGUUUAUGAAUUCAUGCCCAACGGAUCUCUCGAGAAAUAUAUAUUUCCUCGGGAAGAAGGAAAAAUUACAAACCUUCUCGAUUGGGAAAAAACUUAUGGAAUCGCAUUAGGAAUAGCUCGUGGGAUCGAAUAUUUACACCGAGGAUGUAGUAUGCGAAUACUACAUUUUGACAUCAAGCCUCACAAUAUUCUACUUGACCAGAACUAUAAUCCGAAAGUUUCAGACUUCGGAUUAGCAAGGUCAUACUCGAUGGAUGCCAGUAUAAUUUCGGUAACACACGGGGCUAGGGGAACUUUAGGAUAUAUGGCCCCAGAAUUAUUUUAUAGAAAUAUCGGAGGAAUCUCCUACAAGUCAGAUGUGUAUAGUUUCGGCAUGUUGUUAAUGGAAAUAGCUGGAAGAAGAAAAAAUUUGAACGCGUUAGCAGAGAAUGCAAGUCAAAUAUAUUUUCCAUCAUGGGUUUACAAACAAUUGAAACAAGGAGAAGAUAUUCAAAUGGAAGAUGCUACUCAAGAAGAAAACGAAAUAGCAAAGAAAAUAAUCAUAGUUGCUCUAUGGUGUAUUCAGCUGAAGCCUGUUGAUCGUCCCUCCAUGACUAAAGUUGUGGGAAUGUUAGAAGGAGACAUCAGAGUACUGCAGAUUCCUGACAAACCGUUUUCAAUUGCAGAUUGCGGUGGAGAUGAAGAUAUCAUGUUAGAUUCACUUGUAUGAUGUAAAAAAUAUUGAUGCGUUGUUAUGCUUUCAUUGAAAUAUUUGUAUCAAAUAAUACUUGAUAGAAAAUUAGUUUCUACUAACUAUUUUUCUUAUGAUAUUUUGGUUUGCCAUA